AGCCAUUGUGGCUCAAGGGCACUCGCAGGGUAGAGCGCUAUGAGAUCCCCCCGCACUUGACGUGUCGCAGCCGGUCCUGCCAUCCCGCACUGUUGGCCAUGUUCCGCUACGAAUGCUGCUUUAGCUCUGGCAGACAGUUCGUCUUCACGGAGCGUAAGGGCUGGCCAAUCGGUGAGCGCCAGCUAGCACUCUGCCUGGCAUCACUGUUGGCUGGGGUCUACCUGUUUUUCUUCAUCAGCUUCGCCGGCGUCGCGGCCUUUGAAGUGGUGAUGCUAUGCUUAGCGUCCUGCGCCGCGCGAUCCGCGUACGUCUGGUCGUUCCACGGAAGCUCCAACACAGUAGAUCACCUCGUGUAUGUGGUGAUGGUGGGCAUUUUCACUGGAGUCUUGCUUGUUUUUCUCAGCUCGGUCAGGCUGCUGCUCUCACUGGAGACGAGCGCCGCGAACAGGUGCAUGCUGUUUAGUGUCUCCAUCAUGAUCAUGGGCUUCCUCACGUACAGCUACCUCACCAUCGCCUGCUCCGAGGACGAGCGGAAGCACCAGAUCCGCCCCUGCACCCAAGAAGGCUGCACCCUCCAGACCAUGGAGCUCAGCUGCCACGGGGAGGGACCAAAGGACAACGGCAGGGACGUGUACGGAAGGUUUCUGAAGUGGAUCGUCAGCUGGAGGUGGUGGACCGACGUGCAGGACCACAGCGCGACGGCCGAGGACGAGCGCAGGCAGUCGGACGCCAUCACCGUGCACAACCACUCCCUGAAGCUGAUCAAAGUCUGCUUCUACUCGCCGGCGGACCUGGUCUGCUGGGUGCCCUUCGGUGGCGUCUCUGGCCGCUGCGUCGGGCUUGUCGAUGCCGGCAGGAGCCGCUCGUUCCAUUUUCCGCGCGCGGACGGGGACGACGGCGGCGGCCCCUACCGGUUGAAAGUCUUCCAGCCCCGGCUCCUGGACAAGGAGCUCGCCUGCUUCCCGCAGGCGCAGCGCGGCCAAAACCUCGCCUUCUUCGACGUCGAGGGCACAGUCCGGCGCUCGCGGCUGCUCUCGAACUCGACCUGCCGCUCCCUGUCGAUCAGCACCUGCCUCCCCGAGAGCUCCGAGGACGAGGCGGCGCCCACGUCACCGGGCACGCCCACAACGGCAGGCUCGCCAGGCUCGGACGACGCGAGCGCAGGGAGGCCGACCCCCGCGCAGGCGAAGCACGGCUCGACCAGCGACCUGGGCCCGCCGCGGCGAGGACCGCGGGGAGGCGGCCUCUUCAAGCGCCAGACCUCGGGCGACAACCUGGGAGGCGGCCCCUUCAGGCGCCAAGUCUCGAGGGACAACCUGGGAGGCGGCCCCUUCAGACGCCAGGUCUCGGGGGACAGCCUGGGAGACAGCCCCUUCAAGCGCCAGCCCUCGGGGGACGACCUGGGGCUCCUCGCCCUGGAGAGGUCGCGCUCGGACGACCACCCCGGAGCAUCCGCCUCGGAGGCUGCCCGGCCGCAGUUCCGCCGAGCCGGGCCGGACGAGGUCGUCGUCUGCAACCGCAGCAGCCAGGAGAUCUGCGCGCGCCUGUUCAGGUCGAACGACUACUGCUACCUCGUGCCCCUCGUCGGCAAGCUCGCCGCGUGCGGCGACACCAUACUCCCCGACUGCGAGCGCCGCUUCAAUCCACCGACCACGUCCGACAGGGACUUCACCCUGAAGGUGUACAGCGUGGGUGCUGGAGCCCGCGAGCUGACCUACCUCACCGCGUCGCGCGGGCACGCCUACACGUUCUGCGACUCGCUGCUGUCGUAGCUAGUCGGGGGGGGGGGGGGGCGCGGGGCGCCGUGCGUGGGAGCGCGCGGCCCGCCCGAGAGGCCACGCGAGCCCACAGCCGCGCGGCACGAGAGACGAGGGUGCACGGCUUCCCCUCGCAGCAUGAUGGUUACUGCUCCAAUAAUACACCGUAGUUAGUGAGCCGAGCGGCUAGGUGCAGGUCCGACAGGGGUUUCAAGUCCUGUAACAUAUUCUCAGUCUGUCUGCGCCACCUAGUCUGCUUGUGCGCCGAGAUGCGUUUGAAACUCAAGACGCCGACGUUGGUUCAGCGCAGCGCGCAUGAGCUGAUGGCAGUCGGCUGUAAUAGACGAGCACGCACUGCAUGCUUGUGUGGGUUGUGAUCGUGUCUCAUGGUUCCCGUGUCCAUGCGCUCGAGGUGCUCGUGCACUCGCGCGGGGGGGUAGUGUAGUAGCUAGGCGCCGGCUCCGGUUAGCAUGACAGGACAGCCGAGAAUCGAUCCUCGAGCGAUUCUCGAGCGAUCCCCAAUCCUCCCCGAUCGUCACGGGCCUCAGGGUCGGUCGACCCCGUGUGCCCGUACCCAGUCUGUGGUCUGGUCGGAAUCUCGAGUCUUGACUCACGACUUCAAGGCUCAUCGCCACAGGCAUCAGAGUCGAUCCCACGUGCCUGUCCAGCCCCGCGCGUCGCAGCCUAGACCAGCGGAGCGGCCCUUCGUCGAGGUGGCCUCGCGAGGGUGCGGAGAUAACCGCAGGGCGCGGGGCGCAAUGCACGAAGGCAAGCGACCCAGAACCUUCUUCCUCGAUCCUCGAUUCUCCCCCUCCUUCUCCUCCUCCUCGGCGUCUCCGUGGCGCCUCCUCCGAGAAUUGCCGGAGGGCGGGUCUGUCUACAACCGCGCCCCGCGGCCGAGACUGCGGCGAACCCGCGCGCGCGGGCGGAGCGGAGCGGCUCCCGGAAGCGAGCCGCAAAAGUUUGCCCGUGCAGGGCUCGUCCGAUCCACCCCUCUCGCG